AUGGGAAAAAACACAAUCUCAGUCCUAAAUAUCGAGACAUUGUCAUCGCUCAAAUUCUUAGAAACUCAAAAUAAUCGUAUGGGAGUUGUGCUAGAUGGUGAUUGCAAUGUUGAGAGAAUCAGUAGUUUUCUUAGACUGUGUGGAACUGAAAAAUUUUUUGACGUUAAACACCACUGGUUAAUACUUACUUCGAACAAAAGUAUUUCAACGAUUUUCGAAAACGUGGAACUCUAUAUCAACGCUGAUAUUCACAUAGUUUACGCCCCAUCAGCUGGAUUUUCAUCUGUAAAUUUCACUGUGGAAGAUGUCUACAACCCCGCUUAUGGGAAAGGCGGAAAAUUACAAACGAAAACUAUCGGAUACUAUAGUGCAAAAGACGGAUACAGAGCCAGAGAAAUGCAAUGUAAAUACUGGAUGAGAAGAAACAUGUCUGGCGUUACCCUAAAAUCCCGCAUUGUUCUACCCAUUCCCUUUGAAGGAACACUACUGGAUUAUUUGAAUAGCGAAGCAAAUCCUGAAGUAAAUACUUUCAACAGAUUCCAUUAUAAUGUGAUGCGCCCAUGCGUCAAUUACUAUAAUUUCACCCCGCAUCUAACAUUGUCGGAAUCUUGGGGCUACUUAACUAAAAAUGGAACAUGGGACGGUUUAGUAGCAGCUUUGGAUACAAAAUCGGCAGAUUACGGUAGUUCACCUUUAUUUUUCUACUCAGCAAGUCUUGUGUCGACUCUUCUGAUGAAACCUGAUACAAAAAUUAAAACCAUCGAAGAUAUUCUGGGAUCAGAAAUGAAAGUCGGGUGUGAAGAUAUCUUGUACAAUAGGGAUUAUUUCAUGUAUACUAUUGACAAACCUUCGAGAAAAUUGUACUUGAAAAAAGUCCUGGGAAGACAGAACACUUCGAACUUUUUGCCACCAGAAGAAGGUCUGGCUUUGGUGAAAAAUGGAGGUUAUGCCUUCCAUGUAGAGCUGGCUACAGCCUACCCAAUCAUCCAGAAAACUUUUCCAGACCAAACCAUUUGCCAACUAAGGGAAGUACAGAUGUACAAAACACAACCUAUGCAUGCAAAUGUACAGAAGCAUUCACCUUUCAGAGAUAUGUUCGAUACUUGGUAAGCAUUGACAAUUCGACAAUUGUAGAAUCAGUACUUGAAAAUUGAUAGUAUUUUUAGUCUGCAACGUUUAGCAGAACAUGGCAUCCUUCACAGGGAACUGAAGUUUUGGCAUCCCAAAAAACCGGAAUGUAUCCAGUCUGGAUCAGUGGCUCUCAAUAUAGGUCUGAAUUAUUUUUAUCCAUCUCUCAUGUUCCUUGCUGUUGGAAUGAUCCUGAGUUUAUUGGUUCUCACUCUAGAAGUUUAUUUCAAUUUCAAGAAAAGGACUCUGCAAUUGAAAAAACAUUCGGUUCCUGUGUUUCCUUUUACAAACUAGGCAGAAAUGCUGACAAACACCUUAAAUGAACACAAUAAUUGAAAAACUAUGUAGGAUUAUCUUCU